ACACAGACACUACCCACCUCGUCUCAAUCGCAGGCGGCUCAGAGGACGGCGGGGGCCACGUGACUCGGGCGCCAUUUCACGAGAGUUCGUACUUCUCGCGAGAUCUCUCUCGCCUUGUCUUUUCCUCCUGCCCGAGCCCGGCUUUUCUCCCCUCCCCCCUCGCCGGCGGAGUUUUCCCUUUUUCCGACCGAACCUCGCCGCGGUGGAAAUCUUCCCUGCUGCAGUUUCCCCUGCCGCCGCUCGGCUCGCCUCCCCGACCCCUGCCCGCCGUUCCGUCCCCAGCCCCACCCAAGAUGUCAGAGGAUCUAGCAAAACAGUUGGCUAGCUACAAAGCUCAACUCCAGCAAGUAGAAGCUGCUCUGUCGGGAAAUGGAGAAAAUGAAGAUCUGCUGAAACUGAAGAAGGAUUUGCAAGAAGUAAUAGAACUGACCAAAGACCUUCUGUCAACUCAGCCUUCGGAAACUCUUGCAAGUUCAGACAGUUUUGCUUCUCCUCAGCCCACUCAUUCAUGGAAAGUAGGGGACAGGUGCAUGGCAGUCUGGAGUGAAGACGGACAGUGUUAUGAAGCGGAGAUUGAAGAGAUAGAUGAAGAAAAUGGCACCGCUGCAAUCACCUUUGCUGUUUAUGGCAAUGCCGAAGUGACUCCAUUGUUGAACCUCAAGCCUGUAGAAGAAGGAAGGAAGGCAAAAGAGGACAGUGGCAACAAACCCAUGUCCAAAAAAGAAAUGAUCGCCCAGCAGCGUGAAUAUAAAAAGAAAAAAGCUUUGAAAAAAGCACAGAGAAUAAAAGAGCUUGAGCAGGAGCGAGAAGACCAGAAGGUGAAAUGGCAGCAGUUCAACAACAGGGCGUACUCGAAGAACAAGAAAGGCCAGGUAAAGAGGAGUAUUUUUGCUUCGCCAGAAAGUGUAACGGGCAAAGUUGGAGUAGGAACUUGUGGAAUUGCUGACAAGCCCAUGACACAGUAUCAAGAUACAUCUAAAUACAAUGUCAGGCAUUUGAUGCCUCAGUAAUCAGAAAAACUGUUGGAUUUCAUCUCUGCAGGGCUUUACACUUACCUUUUUAUCCUUAUAUUUUUCUAAAGGUAAAUUAUUUGUUAGAUGAGUAAGGAAGAUACAUUGUUGUCAUUGUUUGGCUUUGGUAGAAUGAAACUUGAAGACAUUUGAUAACUGCUAUCAUUUAACUUUCAUUACUACUUACUCCAGCUUCCUCAGUAUGUUGAACAAGGCAACUUUCCUAGGUAAUGCUGCUUAGAUCAGCACUUAGCUCAUGAACCUGAGGCCAUGUACCUGAUGCUGUGUGCACAGUUUGUAAGUCCUGACUUGGAAUUUUCAGAUGCUUUGCACUUGACGUACAUAUUUCAACAGUUCAUUGGAACAGCGAGGCAGAAUGCCAGCCUGCUAAAGAGAGCUUCAGUUUUACAACCUGGCCGUUGUCCAGACAAGCCCAAGUAUAGGUUAAUUUAUAUAAACGGCAAAGUUUAUUUUGACGUUUUUUCCUUGAAUUACUUGUUUCCUGGGCCUAUUAGGUCACCUCUACAAUUGACUCACUUUGUAUUUUUUGUCAUUGAGUUUGAAAUUUAUAUUAAAAAAACAAACCAUGUUUAGGAUGUG